GAAAAAAUGGCAUGGCGCUGCUCCGCGUCAAGAGUGGUUUUGGAUUUUUCUUGAAGUUUUCGCUUCAUAGUCCUCACUUGUUUCUUCCCAUUUAUAGUCCAGUCCAGUCCCCCUCUCUACUCUUUCACUGCUCACAAUAUUCAAAACCGCCUCUUGUUUUCUUCUCUCACAGUUUACAACCCUAAUCUCUGAUCUACCGCUUCAAAAUUUCAUUCAUCUCAGGUUUUGUUUUCCGAUCGGUUUUAUUGCGUUUUGGCAAAAACCGGUCGGUCGAUCUUAGGCGCAGAUCAGUAUUAUUCAGUUCAAUCCAGGUCUCUUACUCAGUUAUGGCCAGUGAAACAAAGACCGGCGUUUCCAAUGGUAACGGCAGUGCUCAUUUUACUCCACAACGGACUUACCAGGUUGUGGUUGCUGCAACUCAAAAUAUGGGUAUUGGUAAGGAGGGGAAGUUACCUUGGAGACUGCCUACAGAUCUCAAGUUCUUCAAGGGUAUCACUGCGACUACAACGGAUCCUACAAAAAGGAAUGCUGUUGUUAUGGGAAGAAAGACUUGGGAAAGUAUUCCUAUUGAACAUCGCCCUCUUCCUGGACGCCUCAAUGUUGUUCUCACACGUUCAGGAAGUUUUGACAUUGCUACAGCAGAAAAUGUUGUCAUAUGUGGAAGUUUAGGCUCUGCUUUGCAACUAUUGGCAGCCUCACCUUAUUGUCUCUCUAUUGAGAAUGUGUUUGUUAUAGGAGGUGGCGAGAUUUUCAGAGAUUCCCUGAAUGCUCAUGGAUGUGAUGCAGUCCAUAUCACUGAAAUUGAGACUGAUAUAGCAUGUGAUACUUUUACUCCUGCUAUUGACACCUCGGUAUUUCAACCCUGGUACUCAUCAUUUCCUGUGAUCGAGAACAAGAUUCGCUAUUCUUUUACCACCUAUGUUCGUGUGAAGAAUUCCAGAGUAGAAACUGUUAAUCAGUCUAAUAGUGAAAUUCCUGAGAAUGGUUCAGAUUCUUCUAAUAUUGAGGUUAAAUCGUUUUCCUUCUUGCCUAAAAUGGUAUUUGAGAAACAUGAAGAAUUCAUGUAUCUGAGACUGGUUGAAGAGAUCAUCUCGAAUGGCAUGCUAAAGGAUGACAGGACAGGCACUGGUACUUUGUCGAAAUUUGGUUGCCAGAUGAGAUACAAUUUACGCAGAUCAUUUCCCCUUCUUACAACAAAGAAAGUUUUUUGGAGAGGCGUCAUUGAAGAACUCUUGUGGUUCAUCAGUGGAUCAACAAGUGCUAAGGUCCUACAAGAGAAGGGCAUUCAUAUUUGGGAUGGCAAUGCAUCCAGAGAUUAUCUUGAUAGUAUUGGCUUGAAGGAUAGGGAAGAGGGUGAUUUGGGACCAGUAUAUGGGUUUCAGUGGAGACAUUUUGGUGCCAGGUACAUUGACAUGCAUACUGACUACAGUGGCCAGGGGUUUGACCAAUUGGCUGAUGUUAUCAACAAAGUUAAAAACAAUCCAGAUGACCGACGCAUUAUUCUUUCAGCUUGGAAUCCUUCUGAUCUUAAACUGAUGGCGCUUCCACCUUGUCAUAUGUUUGCUCAAUUUUAUGUUGCCAAUGGGGAGCUAUCCUGUCAGAUGUAUCAGCGAUCUGCCGAUAUGGGUUUGGGAGUGCCAUUCAACAUUGCAUCUUAUGCCUUGCUGACAUGCAUGAUAGCUCAUGUUGCUGGUCUAGUUCCUGGUGAUUUCAUACAUGUCGUAGGAGAUGCUCAUGUUUAUCGCAAUCAUGUCAGACCUCUGCAAGACCAGCUUCAGAAGUUGCCUAGACCUUUCCCAGUGCUGAAGAUCAAUCCGCAGAAAAAGGACAUAGAUUCCUUUGUUGCUGCUGACUUUGAGCUUACCGGCUAUGAUCCUCACCAAAGAAUUGAAAUGAAAAUGGCAAUAUGAAGUUCCAUGCAGUUAGUCCUGGAAUUCCUCUGCUCUCAGGAUAUGUGGCUCAUAUUUUGAGAUUGGAGAACCGAGGAUGUCUUGAGGAGUUGUUUUAUAAUUUGAAUCUUCAUUAGUAGUAUAUUUGAGGAAAAAACAUCUAAGUAUUAGGAUCUGCGAAUCCUUUAGCUCCAAAACAAUGGAUGUGUGGUUGCUAAGGUGAUUUAGAAUGCUAAUGGCUUUCCUUUUGUGUUGAGACUUUACCUUUUUGGCUUUCUAUGACAAUACCCUUUCUCUUA